CCUGCCCACCUUCUGGCCCUAGGAUGGUGCUUCCCACUGGCGGGCAUGCAUAGCGGUCGGAGAUGACACCAGACGUAAUGCUCUUCUUCGUGGUGGCUGGAUUGCUGACGGCAGCUCUCUCAGGUCACGCAAGUCCAGCCCCAUCUGGCCAGCCCAACACCACCAGUGAAGAGAGCCAGCUCUCGGAGCCAGGGGAGCGACUCCAGGUCCGCCUGAUGAACGGUAGCAGCCGCUGCAACGGGACGGUGGAGGUCUGGUUCCGGCAGUCCUGGGAGCCCGCAUGCGGGGCACUCUGGGACCUCCGCGCCUCCGAGGCCGUGUGCCGCUCGCUGGGCUGCGGCCGGGCGGAGCCGCGGGAACAGCCCGUCCUGGCGACCCCGGCGCUGCCGCCUGGUGCAGCCGCGGGAAACGCCAGCUGGGCCCCGAAUACCACGUGGGCCCUGGCGCCCACCGUCCAGUGCAGCGGCCCCGAAUGGCAGCUCUGCAAGGUGGUGGAGCACGCGUGCAGCAGCGACGAGAGGCCGGUCCAGGUCACCUGUGCAGAAAACCUCGAUUUGAAAUUGGUGGGUGGUGGCAGCCCGUGCGAGGGCCGCGUGGAGAUGCUGGAGCACGGACAGUGGGGUUCGGUGUGUGACGACACGUGGGACCUGGACGAUGCCCACGUGGUGUGCCGGCAACUGAGCUGCGGCUGGGCGGUCCAGGCCCUGCCCGGCUUGCACUUUGCCCCUGGCCGUGGACGCAUCCACCGGGACCAAGUGAACUGUUCCGGGUCGGAGACCUACCUGUGGGACUGCCUGGGGCUGCCGGGAAACGGCUACUGUGGCCACAAGGAGGACGCCGGCGUGGUGUGCUCAGAGCACCAGUCCUGGCGCCUGACCGGGGGCGCUGACCCCUGCGAGGGGCAGGUGGAGGUAUACUUCCGAGGGGUCUGGAGCACAGUGUGUGACAGUACGUGGUACGAACCAGAGGCCAAGGUGCUCUGCCGGGACUUGGGCUGUGGGACUCUGGCCCGGGUGCCCAAGGGGCUGCCACACUCCCUGUCGGGCAAGAUGUACUACUCAUGCGAGGGAGGGGAGCCCACGCUCUCCGAGUGCUUCUGGCGGUUCAAUAACUCCAACCUCUGCAGCCAAUCACAGGCAGCCAGGGUCCUCUGCUCAGGUGCCCGGAGCCUGCUCAAUCUGUCCGCUUCUGAAAUCCCUGCAAGUGGUCAGCCGGUCACUGUGGAAUCUUCUGUGACGGUGAAAAUGAAGGACUGGGAAUCUCGAGAGCUAAUGCUCCUCAUCCCUUGCAUCGUUCUGGGAAUUCUCCUUCUUGUCUCACUCAGUUUCAUAGCCAUCAUCCUCUUGAGAAUUAAAGGAAAAUACGCCCUCCCCGCUAUGGUGAACCACCAGCACCUACCCACCACCACCCCAGCGGGGACCACAAGCUAUCAAGAGGUUCCCAUCACCAUCGCCAAAGAAGAAAUUCCCAAGCUGCCCAUCCAGGUGCAGGCUCCGCCCCCUGAAGACACGAACUCCAGCUCCGACUCAGACUAUGAGCACUAUGACUUCAGCAGCCAGCCACCUGUGGCCCUGACCACCUUCUACAAUUCCCAACGGCACCGCUUCACGGAUGAAGAGGUCCAGCAGAACAGGUUCCAGAUGCCCCCCUUGGAGGAAGGACUCGAAGAGGUGCAUGCCUCCCAGGUCCCACCUGCCAACCGUGAACACUGCAUUGCAGACCCCCGCUCCACGGGCCCUCCGCACCACCCAAGGAGCAAGAGUGGCUGCAGCACGUCUUCAGGGGAGGAGUACUGUAACAGCCCCAGCAGCAGGCUACCUCCGUGCAACUCUCAAGUGUUUUCUUCAGAGAGGAACCCCCUGCUGGGGCAGCCCCUGAACUUGGAGCUGGCUGGCUCCCAGGCAGCUUUUCCAGCAGGGCCCUCGGCUGAUGACAGCUCCAGCACCUCCUCCGGAGAGUGGUACCAGAACUUCCAGCCGCCGCCCCAGCUCCCAUCUGCUGAGCAGUUUGGAUGUCCAGGGUCCCUCACUCCCCAGCCUGACUUCUCCUCCAAUGAAGACUAUGAUGACAUCGGAGCAGCCUAGCCUGGGCCCGGCGCGGCUCUGUGCGCUCCCUGUCUCCGGACUCCGGC